AUGGCAGUGUUGCCUGAGCCCGAACCGCAAGAGCUUGGCCGAGCUGUCGAGUCCCCUGACUAUCAGCAGCAAGUUCCGGCUGAGCACUGGGCAGAAGUGAAUGUGCUUGAACUUUGUCAUGGCUUGGACUCGCCAAGGUCGCCAGAGCCUAUCAGUGCACCCAGUUCGCCAAACGAAGGCACGAACGCCGACGAUUGGAUCGUGGACCUUGUUGCCAGCAUGGAGCCCACCAGGGCCGAGAUCAUUCGGGGCGUCCCCGUGCACUGUGCCUUGCAGGGCUGUGGGCAGGCGAUGCGUGGGAGGCAACGGGGACUAUACCGACUCAGCCGUGCCACAACCUGCAUCGACGAGUUUUGGUCCCACAGCUGGCACACAUCCGCCUGGAUGAAGUAUGUCACCGUAUGGUUUUUGAACUCUGCCACUAUAGCCGCCGCCUUCGGCAUGGGGGGAGCCCUCCUGGGCUUCAUGCUGCGUGCUGUGGGGGUCUUGCCUGUCACUCUCGAGGGACCUACGUUCGCCGACUCGCAGUGGAGUGUUUUGAGUGGGCUGAUCUUCUUCUGCGCAUCCUUCAUGUUGUGGCGAGUGCGAAGGCUCGUCUUCCUGGACAUACUCUGCAUAAACCAAGAGGACGAAGGUUUGAAGGGCGAGGCCAUGAUCAGCAUGGGUGCCAUCUUGAAGAGCUCAGCAUCAAUGCUUGUGUUGUGGGAUCCGACUUGGGUACAGAGAUUCUGGUGUGUUUUCGAGCUGGCCUCGUUUCUUCACAGCCAAACAAAACGCGGAGCAACAACAAGCAAGCAUCUGAGCAUCCGACCAAACCUUAUGGGACCAGUUCUUCUGGCAGGAAAGGUUGGCUUGAUUGGUUUACUCCUCGCAUGGCCACUCAUGUUACAAGCAUUCGGCAGUAGCGGCAUGGUCAUGGGGUUGACGCUAUCGGCAGGCCUCUUGCCGUGUUUCCUUUGCCUUGCCCACGUUGGCCGAACUUUCUGUUGCAGCCUGGACACGCUGCAGCAACAACUCGCAAAGUUUCGAGUCGAGGACGCGAAGUGCUGGUGUUGCACUGUGAAUCACGUGGACGACCAAACCGGCGAACCCUUACCUUGCGACCGUGAUGUCAUGCUGAAGUGCAUUGGAAUCUGGUUUGGAAGCAGUGCUGACUUCGAAUGUUUGGUGCAGGGGCAUGUAAGAACAACACUGCUUCGACAGCUCACCAGUCCAGUGUACCUAUACCAGCAAGUCGUUGUGGCCACUAGUCCUGUCAUGUGGUUGUUCUUGGAUCGAGUGGCUCAUCUUUUCGCAGUUGAUCGCACGGACCUUGCGGUGUCGGUUUUCUUUGAUGCAUUGGCAUGGUGGCUGUUGGCGAUACCUUGCAUCGUAGUGCUGGGUGUUGCGUUGGCUUACAAACUCCGCAGGAAGCAAGCACAUUGCGUGCUGGAUUUGGCGUUCAGCAUUGCAGUGUUAGUGGUGGCAGCUUGCAUUCUUGCGGCAUUCCUUUUUGCCUACGUUUUCAUUGACAACCAAGUUUCUUCCUUGCAGCUGGAAGCAUACGCAGUCUUGCGCGCGGCUCUCUUUGUCCUCUUAUCGGCCAUACUUGCCCGCUGCGCUCUCCACGUGUUUUGGCAAGCUAAAAACCGUGCCAUUUGCACAGACUAUGAACAAGUGCCAGGGAACUUCGCGACCGUCUUUGCUUUUGAUGAGUCGGAAUCUCCUGCUGUAGAGCGAAAGCGCAUGCUGUUUGCAAGCAUUGUCACUGGCUCUGUCGGGCAAAGCCUGGACAUCCGGCAAAAGGCCGGAACGAAGCUCGCGUCUGCGUCGGCAGAUGGGAUUCUGCGCCUUUGGGAGCCGCGAAGUAACAAAGCCUCGCUUAAGGGGGAUGCGGCGUGGCAGGACCCCACCUCCGGCACAUGCGGCGAUCUGCUGGAGGCCACGGAGCCCCGCGGCUUCGCCAGCUGCAUUUCCUGGGCUCCUGACGGCGUGCGACUGGCAACCGGCUAUCAGGAUGGCGAAGUGGUGGUGUGGUAUCCUCACGCCGCCUUGCCCACGGUGAGCUGCUCUGGGCAUACGAACCAAGUCAGGUGCAUUGCGUGGAGCCCACAAGGCAAGGAUUGCGUGGCUUCCGGCUCCCUUGAUGGGACGGUGAGGAUAUGGGAGCCCAAGAAAGGCAAGUGCUUGAAGACCUGCCAGGGCGAUGGCGGAUAUGUCUACUGUCUCCUUUGGCACCCGGAGGCCACAUCCUUGGCCGCCGGCAGCACAGACGGCAUUGCCCGGCUUUUCGAUCCGCUCACUGGGACCUGCAUCGUGCUCCACGUAGAUCGUGGCUUUAAGGGGGAAGCUUCGGUCUUUUAA